UUCAUUUGUAUUUUGCUGUGUGUGUGUGUUGUGCCUUAUUUAGAAAAAAAUGCUUGAUUUUCUCAAAAAACAAAUCCAAGCAAUGAUGCCAUCAGAAUAUUGGAUUGCUUUAGUGGACAAAUAUUGGAAUACAUUUGCCGUCAUGAUUGUAAUGGCACCGAUUAUAUGGUUACAUUUUACACGUAUAAUGGCUUUUAGUGAUUGGAAUCAUUAUAAUUGUUUAGCUAAAUGUAUGUUCAUUGUCUAUUUGGUUUUCGUAUACAUUGUACAUGAAUUAUUACGUAUAAUUGUUGUUAAAAUCAUAAACAAAGAAUUAACCGUAACCGAAUUGAUGGCUUCAAUGAAACAAUGUUUUAUGGCAACAAAACAAUUUAUCAUUGAACAUCCAUUUGUCGUAUGUAUCAUAGAUAAAUUGAAAAGAAUACGAUCCCAAUCCAAUGAUAUGAUGGAAUCGAUCACAAAAACAGCAACAGUGACAUCGAUUGAUAAGCAAAAAUGAUAAUUAUAAUUUGAUGUUUUUAAAAAUCUGA